AUGUCCAACAACGUUUCGUUUUUGUCGGCCCCGUCCAAUCCAACUUAUUCCUUCCCUUACUCCUCUUCCGCUCCAUCUCUCCAACAAGCCCCUUCUUCCUCUACUCCCACUACUGCGACAACGACUGCUUCCUCCCUUCACCAUCCCCACUCCCUUCCUCUUUCCAUCUCCUCUUCGGGCAAUCAUACCCAGCCAGCCAGCGACAUUCCCUUGUCCGAACCCCUUACCUCUUUUCUCCCAUCAUUCUCCCAGGGUUCUCCAAAGUCCAACGUCUUUCCUCCCCAACCGUCUACCUCUGCCCCCACCGGCACUCAUGUAGACCUCAAUUCCUUUCAUCCAAGCAAGCAGUCCUUUGUCUCUUCUCCCUACUACCCCAAUACCUACCCCUCGGCUCCCUCCUCCUACUAUUCCUUUAACAAAGACUCGGCAAACGAUUGGUACUCCGACAUAGACGGCAACCAGAUUUCCCUCUCUCAGUCUGCUCCUGCAAAUGACGGAAUAUCUUCCUACAAGCGUUAUUCUCCUACUUCUUCCAACCUCAACUAUAGUUCUUCCCACGUCGAUUCCGACGCUUACCACCUUUCUCAUUACAAUGACCUACGUAGACAGCAUUCUUACUUGCCUUCAGCAGAUUCUUUUUCGCUUCACCCUUUUUCCAAAGAAUACUGUCCCUCUUCCGAUACCUCUCUCCUCACGACGCAGCCGCUGAACGAGCCCACUGGUGCAAGUGUACCCUCUUACAGUACGCUCAUCUCGCACUUGCCUCCCUCGCCAAAUUUGACUCCCAUCAACGUUAAUAUGCCCAUCGUUUCACCUGAUUCUUCUGUAGAUCCCCGCGACAGAAAAGACAAAUUACCAGGUGCUCCCCCUUCCAUGUUCUUUUUUGGCACUCCUUCACCAAAGGAUGGUUCUGAAAAACUAGAUACAGAAAAGGUUCCUUCCUUGCCGUCUAUACGAGACCCCUUCUCCUUUGACGAUACACAAAAGUCGGCUGCCGCUAAGAAGCACAGUCCAAACAAAUCAAGGCGAUCAUCCCGUUCCAAAAUACAGGCCCCUCGUUCGCCUGGAGGUACUUCUUUUGUCUGUCAAAUCUGCCAGAAAAAGUUUAAACGAUCCGAACAUUUGCGUAGGCAUAUCCAUUCCCUUCACACUACCGACAAGCCUUUUGCUUGUUUUUGUGGAAAACGCUUUUCACGAAGAGAUAAUUUACGUCAACAUGAAAGAAUGCAUGCGAACUCUGGUUCUUAUUUUACUCGGUCUUUAAAAAACAAUAAUGUGUCUCCUAUUUUACCUCCUGCAUCCUCUAUUGCCCCAAACACCCUACCCAUGUCCGUAAAUGAUGGAAUGUCAAACAAAUCUCUUUUACCAGAGCAGCAUCCAGCCGUACUCCCAAAAGUUUCCCUGUUUCCGAUGUAUUACCCUACAGACCCCAAAAUGCCGAUUACUUAUCAGGGUGCAAAUAGCAGCACUUCCCCUUUCGUGCAACUUCCUAUUACUGCUCCUAAUAAUUUACUAACUGGUAUGAGUGAUGACUAUAAUUUCGGUACUAUGUAA